CGCUCAAUGAAACUUCCAUUCUUUUCAAGAUGGCUACUCUUUCAGGAGUUGAACUGGACCCUUUAUUUCUUAAGGCUCUUACUUUACUGCGCUCUAAUCGUCCAGAAUCAACAAAAGAAUUAGGGGAAUUAGUUCAAGAAUAUCGAGAAAAAAAUUAUGGCUCAACAUUAUUAAAAAAGGAUGGAAAUGGAAGAAAAAGCCCGCAUCCUGAUGCGAGAGUCAACAAACCUCCAAAGGUAUUAAAAAACGUUAAAGUAAACGAGUCACCAAACUCACUAACACUGCUCGAAAAACUUGAAGAAAUAACCAAUAGUAAUGAUGACAGUUCGAAUCAAAGCACAAAAUCCACAACAUUGGAGGAGUCCAUUGAGGAAAUCACGGUUGGAAGUUCACUUGAAUCAAAAGGAAAAAAUAUGCGACAUAUUACAGUUGAUGAAACUGUUAGCAUGUCAUCACUUGACACUAAAGGCAUAUCAGCUGUUAUUGACUUAAAUGACAGUAUUUCAAUUGAUGACAUUAUUGAAAUGGACUUUGAUGGACCAAUGUGCAAGUUGUGUCACUUAAAUAAGCGAGGAAAUGAAGAAGAGAAUGCAUUGGUCGAGUGUUCCGACUGUCAUUCGCACUACCACCAAAAGUGUCACCGUCCCGAAGUUUCAACGAAAGAUUUAAACGAUCCAAGGUUAAUUUGGUAUUGCUCCAAAUGUACAAAGAGAAUGAGAAAGGAGAUGGCGGCUCAACAAUCUACCAACACUUCAAAGUCAUCUGGGGUCGAAGUUACGCCAGCUCCGAAGCUUUUAAAUCCGUUUCAACAAACGAAACCGUUUCGACGAAACCAUCCUGUCGCUGCGUCGAACAGUUCAAUCGCUACGAAUGAAACAUUAGUUCCUUCCACUGAAAAUGUGGCACGGGAUGGCUCUCUCUCACCAAUGAGCAACAAGAGACCCCGUGACGUCACAGCAAAUUCUAUGAAGCGGUUGGAGUUGUUUAAAAAGAAGUUGAAACAAGCACGAAAAUAGAACCAGAGUGAUGGCAAUAAGUAGCGACAGUCCAUGUUUUAGCACCCACUUGCUUCGAAACAGGAAUAACUCUAGAGAAGUCGGGCGCGAUAUUUUACCCAAGAUUCUUAACGGACAAUCUUUCACUGUCGAAAAUGUUUCAGGCGAGCUGGAUAAUUCAAAAAAGCGUGAAAGCGCUGUUAAUACUACAAGAGGAGUUGAGACGUUUUCUGAUCUUGUAAAUGCUGCGCAGGUGAAAAGUUACUUAAAUGAUAAAACUGAUGUUGCAAAUGACAUGGGACAUCGUAGUGAAAAUAUAAAAAAAGUAGAAAAGCGACGGAAAUUAUUUGUGAGUAGUCGUAAAAACAACCCGAGUCAACUUGUCACUCUUCAAACAGACAAAUUAUGUGAUAAAACCAUUGAGAAGUUAAAGAUUGCUGGAAUCGGUGUCAGCAUUUCGAGAAACACAACACCAAGCCUGUCGCGAUUAUCUAAAGACUCGCCUCGCAGGCACAAUCGAUGUCGGCGAGAUAAAAACAGUGUUUUUACGAACGGUUAUAUGAAUUCUUUGUAUUCAGAAAGAAGCCAGAGCAAAGUGGAUAAUACAGAACAUACAGUGUCAAUCAAUGAAUACUUGAAAGUGGAAAAUGCUAGAUAUACUGCUGAAGAGAAAUUUGUUAAAAGUGUUUUAUUUCAAAAAUGGUUAAAAAGAGUUCAGAGAUACAUUGGGAAAUUUCAACCUGUUCAUAUAGAAAUCGAAACGACUGAAGCAGAGUCAAAUGAAGAGGAGUCAUGAAUUUCCUUUGUGUCUUCUAUUUCAUCUUGUCUGUUCCACUUUUUUCAGAAAAGUUCGUCUCUUCGUCAUAGUUUAAAUAAUUUUUUUUUUGUUUUUUUGUUUGUUUUUCUACGUUUUAGAGGAAGAUAUUUAUUCGACCAAAAAAAAAAUUAUUAUGUUUU